AUGAACGACGCGCGACAAUACGGCGAGCUGGGCACCCAACUCCUCCUCGAAUCGCGUCGAUCAACGCAGACGGACACAUUUCUAAAAUACAACGACACCCUCGUCCGAUCCCUCAUCCGCGAGCAGCGCGACCUCGAAAAAGCCAUCGACGCCAUCCCAUUCGAGGGCGGCUCACCACCUCCUGCGUUGCUCAUCAUCCAAACCGCGAUCAACCGCAACAAGCGCUGCUUACUGGCCUACCAUGCACACCGCGUUGAUCGACUGAGGGAUCUAUAUUGGUCCGUGGGCGGAGCACUCCCUCAUAUCCUAUCCAAUCAGGAGCUGAGGGGAAGGAUGUCGCCCCAUGAGGUGGACUAUCUAAGGCAGUAUAAUUCGUCAAUCAUGGAGUUCCGGAGCGAGUUUACGCACGAGUUGGAUGUCACGGCGAGUAUAACGAUUCCGCCGAAGGAUAUCCAUGCGCUUGUGAGGGUUGUGAGGGAUUGUGGUGUUAUUCAGACAGAGCUGGGGAGUAUUGAUUUCAAGAAGGGGCAGAGAUUCAUGGUUAGGAGGGCGGAUAUUGAGCAUUUGAUUGUUCAAGGGUAUUUGGAGGAGGUUUGA